UGCGUAAGCAAGAGAUCAUUAAGAUAACAGAGCAGCUGAUAGAAGCCAUCAACAAUGGAGACUUUGAGGCUUAUACAAAAAUCUGUGAUCCUGGCUUGACCUCAUUCGAACCUGAAGCACUGGGGAACCUGGUUGAAGGAAUGGAUUUCCAUAAGUUUUACUUUGAUAACUUACUGUCGAAGAACAGCAAGCCAAUACACACCACCAUCCUGAACCCCCAUGUCCAUGUAAUUGGUGAAGAUGCUGCCUGCAUCGCGUACAUCCGCCUGACACAGUACAUCGAUGGCCAAGGCCGGCCCCGCACCACGCAGUCUGAAGAGACCCGCGUCUGGCACCGCCGAGAUGGCAAGUGGCUGAAUGUCCACUACCACUGCUCUGGAGCUCCUGCAGCACCUCUCCAGUGAGGAUCAAAUACGGGGCUAAGAAAACGGCAGCAGCUGGAACAUCUUUCAGAAAUGAAGUGAGGGGGAAAGCAAAAGUGAAGGAGAGAGAAAGAGAGAGGGAGAGCAAAUAAGGAGGCAGCUUGAGCAGCGGAUGGCUAAACUGUGCUCCACAAAGCCAUGGUGGAAGUUAACAUCGCAUUCAGGCUGUGCUGCAACUUCAGUCAGUGAGAGGUGGCGAGGAGACCCCAGAGGAGCCAGUGUGAAGACUGGGGUUCAAGAGAGAGGAGGCACUUCUCUUCCUGUUGCCUGGCAGACUGACUUCAGCCUGAGUUUCUUCUUCGAUUUCUGCACAGCAAGAACGCUAUGGAAAGCUGGUUGCUCAGCUGCUGGAUCCCAAAAUAGACCUUUAUUUUUUUUUUUUAAGAAAAAAAAACCAAACCAAGAUGGGAUGUUGAUUUAAAACUAAAGGUGGAAGUAGGGAUUAAAAAAAUGGGUUUAAGUGAAUAUAACUUAAAUGGAAGCUUGCUCUUCAGAGAUACUGGUUUUAGAAACAGCCACUACCUGGCCAAACAUGGAGGUUUGAAGCCAGCUUAUUUAAUUUAACAAAACAGAAAAA